AUACUGACAUUGAUAAGAAGAGGAACCACAAGGUUACCCCAUUACUCCUCUGGGAGCCAUUGUCCAUGUACUUUAUCCCAACAUUUGAUUUGAAAUUGCUUCCGAGUCCUGCCACUUUGAGAAGUUGGGAGUUGUUUGCAUGCUAAAAGGAAGCCGGAUCACCUCGCAGUGGGAGCAACAUGAAGCCUAUUCUGAUGGCUGGCUCCACUGUGGAGAAGGGAGUCAGGAAACCCAAGUGUGCGCGGUGCAGGAACCAUGGCGUGCUGGCUUGGCUGAAGGGCCACAAGCGGCUCUGCCCUUACAGCGGUUGCGCCUGUGUCAAAUGCAUCCUGAUCUCAGAGAGGCGGCGGGUGAUGGCGGCCCAGGUCGCCCUGAGGAGGCAGCAGGCAGUGGAGGAUGCCAUGUCCCUAGGCUGCUUCUCUCCAGGCCCAGUGCUCCCCCAGGGAACAACAGCGCAGCACUACCAGGUCUCAGCCCGCAGCAAGCAGAGAGGAGCAGCAAUGAUUGCAGAUGGACCCCAGCUGGAGGAGAUCAAGGAGGAGGGCAAGGGAAUGAAAGGGGAAAGACUGCAGAGUCAAUGUGGUUGGAGGUGGCCAAGGAGUGACCUGAGCACAGACAGGUUAAGUCACUCUGAGAUCCUGCAGCGCCUGUUCCCUGCUCAGCCUAGCUCAGGCCUCGAGCUUGUGCUGCAGGGCUGCAAUGGAGACGUGGUGAAGGCCAUUGAGCACUUUCUGUCAACCGGCGAUGAUGCCCGAAGGAAUGUCCACUUUCUCUCAGUCAUGAAAGAGGCGCGUUCUCCUAUGCACAGCCCAAUGAAUCGGUUACAUCCUCAUUUGGUUAGAAAGGCAUCUCUAGGCGGUACCAAUUCUGCUUUCACACCACUGCAGGGUCCCCUGGCUGCCUUCACUUCAGCUGUGGGUGUCUCUGCAGACACCGUCUUCAGAUCUGGAUCAGGAUCUGCCUGUGUUGACUCCAGAAGCUCAUUCCUAGCUUCUCAGACUUUCCCUAGAUUCAAAUGUUCACCUUUAGGUCUUCUAUUACCUCUCAGUGCCAUGCCUGCUUGUUAUCCAGUCACUUCCAAUGACUCCUGUCUAGACAGACUAUCCCAAAGUCUGUAA